AUGCUAUUUUUAUUUUUUAACAAAGAUUUAUAUUCGAAAAAUUUUUACAAUUUAAUUCCACCCACAAUAAUAAUUUGGAGUUGUAUUUGUUUUAUUUAUUUACCUUUGGGAAAUUGUUCAAGUUUUGAAAUUGGUGCUCAAAAUGCAAAAGCAUUGCGAGACCGUCUUCAAAAGAAUUCUAAAACAAUUCCCGAAACAGGCAUUUUAUUGUCAAGAAGUGGUACAAGCAAUACAGCCCCUUUGAGAGUGUUGAUUGGGAUUUAUAUAGAAUCUAUGGGGAAUUUUCAGGCAACAGAUAUGAGUUUUGAUGUAGACCUUUAUUUAUAUAUGCAUUGGAGGGAUCGGUCAUUAAAUCAUUCAAAUGAAGAAUAUAUUCUUGUUAAUGAUUCUAAAGUUAGAGAUAGAAUGUGGUUGCCAGAUUUAUAUUUUGCUAAUGCAAGAAAUAGUAAAUUUCACGAAGUAACCGCACCAAAUUUUAAUCUUUUUAUUGAUAAAGAUGGAAAUAUAGCUUAUUCUAUUAGGUUAAAAAAUAUGUAG